ACCUCCCUUUCACUGUCCGUUCCUUGGGUUUCCUUUUCCCUCGUAUUCUCUUUCUAGACUUGAUUCUCCUCUCUCUCUCACUGCAAUGGCGGAAACAUCUGCUGCGCUUUGCUUCUCUGCGUUCUCUUCUAUCCCUUCCAUCUCUCGCUCCAAGGAUCUCUCCACCAGCUCUUCUUUCCCUUCCUCUUCCAUAUCCACAAUUUCUCGUUCUCAUCCUUCUCGUCCUUUUCGUUUAGUACCAAGAGCUUCCUCUGAUUCCGGAAAUUUCUUCGCCGACGAUUCUUUUGGAUUCUUUCCUUGGUCCGAUGGUCAAACCGAAAUUCACUGGGUUCCUGAGGGGAAAGUCACAUUGUUCACGGCUGAUGGGCUUAUUCAAAUUGGAGGCUCCGUGGUCCCUCGACGUGUCUCUUCUUCAGAGAAGAAGCAAGUGAGAUCAAAGACUGCUCAAAGAUUUCAGCGUUUUCAAGAGAGUGAUUACAUGGAUCCAAAGCAGGAACUAUGUUUGGGCGCACUCUUUGAUAUUGCAGCAACAAAUGGACUUGAUAUGGGCCGUAGAUUGUGUAUCUUUGGCUUUUGCCGUUCCAUUGAAAUGCUCAGUGAUGUUGUGGAAGACACAGUUUUGGAGAAUGGUGGGGAGGUAGUUUCUGCAGAGAAAGCUAGCAGAGGCGGUUUGAAUGAAAAGUUGACCAUGACAGUCGCCGUGCCAUUACUUUGGGGAGUCCCUCCUGCUUCUGAAACACUUCACCUUGCUGUUCAGAGUGGCGGUGGCAUUGUAGAGAAGGUUUAUUGGCAAUGGGACUUCUUGUAAAUGAAAGAUUUUUCAUUUCCUAACCAUCAUCCGUGCAUUUGUACAUAAAUUUGUCGGCUCCUCUAUGUACAAAAACCCAAUUGUUGUAUUCAAUGGAAUGACCCUUCAAUGUCCAUAUCUAAUAAAUAAUUAUUCUCUGUGAGUGUGUUCUA